CUUUUCUUCCGGCGAGCGGAGGCUUCCGCGGCUGGUGCUGUCAUGGGCCGAAGAACCAUAACUACGAACGACACUAGCCACCACAGCCUCGGCUCCCUCGGCCAUCUCCACUCGGCACCGGCGCCUUCCCCACUCGAAUCGCGCACGCGUCCAGACUAGCGAGCUGCAUCGCAUUGGAUUGUCAUUGAUUGUCACUCGCGCAAAUACGGUCCAGUACCGUAAUGUACCAGUUUUUAGUAAACACCGCCGCCGAAGUGGACCUACCAGUACCGUAUUGUGGCAUUCGCGGGCAAAGGCGCCUCAGUAUUGCGGGGAGCGGGGAGCGGCGGGCGAGCUGGGGUACAGUAUGGUGGGGCCAAGGUGGUCAAUUGAAUCAGUUCAUCAGUUACUCGUAUGAUACCCGUCAAGCGUCUCUCAGUACCUACCGAGAAACGGAUGCUGCGAGGAAGAAGAAGAAGAAGAAGAAGAAGAAGAAGAAGAAGAAGAAGAAGAAGAAGAAGAAGAAGAAGAAGAAGCUUGGAUCGACAGCGAGGAGACGCCCGAAUCUACAUACAGGCUCCGUCUACAUGAGCGAUUUCCGUCGCUACCUCAUCCAGCGCGACACUAAGUACAUCUCGGCACCAGACGUUCUCUGGACGGACAUCGAGAAGGACUUCAACUACCGGGUGGGCAAGAUCGACGCGAACGUUGGUCUCUACGAGCUGAACGCCAUCCGCAGAGUAUCUGCAUAUACCAACACCGAGUUGUCGACCGCCCUCUUUGCGAAGAAGGGUAUGGCCGAGAAGAAGGGCGGAGAGACCGCCGGAAGCUCAGGCAAGGCUUCCGGGGGAGAUCAGGAUAAAGACUCUAAGACCAUCAAGUGCUUCGGCUGCGGCAAGAAGGGACACAAGAAGUUCGAGUGCCGGUCAAAGCAUCUCUGGAAGGAGAACUCCGACUCGAAGGACAAGGACAAGGAGAAGAAAGAGUCAAGCAAAGCACACAUAUACCGGUACUUCAGAGUUUUCAGCGCUCAAUGUCCGCUACAGUGCUCCCGAUAG